AGAAGAUGUUAUUUAAUAAUCAAAUUUUGAAGUGUAAAGAUCUUUUUAGUUAAAAGAAAAGUGUAAGAAUGAAAAGUGUUUGUAUUUUUGUUCUGUGUAGUGUUGGACUUUGUUAUAGUUCUGCUAUACCAGUAUGGGAAUUAUUAAAAAAAGAAGAAAAAAAAUCAUUUAUAUAUUCCUUAUUUGCCAAAGAGGUUGAAAACUAUUGUGAAUUGUUAAAAGUUAAAAGUUGCAAUACAGAUUUACUUAAGUAUGGUUUGGAUAGAAUAGACAGUUUGUCUGAAUUGGAGUUGGACUCUUUAGAUCCUUACCAAAGAGAGGCCGAUGAUUUAAUAUGGAAUACAAUUUUAUUAGGCAAUAAACACCAAAAGACCACAGUCCAGCCAAAAACCUCCACAACUCCAAAACCCAACAGUUACGAAGACAACAUUUUUAGCGAUAAUUUUGGUUUUGACGAUAUUCAAGAAAAUUCACCAAAAUACGAAAAUUUUCAAUACAUGAUACCUCCCGAAGGCCUGAUAGUAAAAUUGGACGAAAUAUCACCCAUAAUGAGUCAACUAUACAAAUUAAAUUCAUAUAUUAAUGUAAAGGACAUACAAAAUAAAAAAGAUGACCAAAGUAUAACUUUUAUAGGUUUUAAAAUACCAGAAAUAUCGGAAGAAAAAGAACAUUCGAGAAAAGAAAAAAGUGAUGAAAUUAAAAUAUUGCCAAAUGAUGAUGGUUUUGACGAUUUUAUAUUUAAAAUAAAACCACCUAAAGCUUAAAGAUGUAUAUAAUUUUUUAUUUAUACAAAUGAUCUCACAUUUUAUUUAUUUGUUGCAUUAUGUUAUUAUUUAUUACUGGUAUUGUUUUUAAACUAAUAAAAAUUAACGAA